AAGGUACCAUCGAGCCGGGGGACUGCGGAGCCGAGCGCUCUGUACGAUAGAGAUCGGAAAGGGGAGCGAGCGGCAGAGCCGGAAGGAAAGCCAAGACCUGAGGCGUUCAGGCAAGAUGGCGGCGACCAAGAGGAAGCGGCGUGGGGGCUUGGCGGUUCAGGCGAAAAAACCAAAAAGGAAUGAAAAAGAUACCAAGCAGCCAGCUAAGCUGCGCGACAUGGCAGAAGAGGCGGAAGAAGAAGAGAGAGACCGUAUCCCAGGCCCCGUUUGCAAGGGCAAGUGGAAAAAUAAGGAACGGAUUCUUAUCUUCUCUUCUAGAGGAAUAAAUUUCAGAACGAGACAUUUAAUGCAAGACUUGAGAAUGUUGAUGCCUCAUUCUAAAGCAGAUACAAAAAUGGAUCGUAAAGACAAGUUAUUUGUCAUUAAUGAGGUUUGUGAAAUGAAAAACUGCAAUAAAUGUAUCUAUUUUGAAGCUAAGAAAAAACAGGAUCUCUAUAUGUGGCUUUCAAAUUCACCUCAUGGGCCAUCUGCUAAAUUCCUCGUUCAAAACAUCCAUACCCUAGCUGAACUAAAGAUGACCGGAAACUGUUUGAAAGGUUCUCGGCCCCUUCUGUCUUUUGACCCUGCUUUUGAUGAAUCACCACAUUAUACUUUGUUAAAAGAACUCUUAAUUCAGAUCUUUAGUACACCACGAUAUCAUCCCAAAAGCCAACCGUUUGUGGACCAUGUAUUUACUUUCACCAUUUUGGAUAAUAGGAUAUGGUUUCGGAACUUUCAGAUAAUUGAAGAAGAUGCUGCUCUUGUAGAAAUAGGACCUCGCUUUGUCUUAAAUCUCAUAAAGAUUUUCCAGGGAAGUUUUGGAGGACCAACUUUAUAUGAAAAUCCUCACUACCAGUCACCAAACAUGCAUCGGCGUAUUGUAAGAAGCAUCACAGCUGCAAAAUACAAAGAGAAACAACAAGUGAAGGAUGCGCAGAAAAUGAAAAAGAAAGAACCAAAGACUAUUCUUCCACAUGAUCCCACUGCAGAUGUUUUUGUUACACCAGCCGAGGAGAAGCCAAUAGAAAUACAGUGGGUAAAGCCAGAGCCCAAAGUCGAUUUGAAAGCAAGAAAGAAAAGGAUUUAUAAAAGGCAAAGAAAAAUGAAACAGAAGAUGAACAGUAGGAAUGCAAAAUGAAUCAGUGGAUAACUAACUUUUCAGUAAUUUUAUAUUUAUUUUGUAUUCAAUGUGUAAAUACAUUUUAUUAUCCAGGACUACCUUAUAUCUUACUAGUGUGGCAAUUUAGACAAAGAGAUAUCAAAUUAAAAUUUGUGGCUUCAGUGGUGUGUAUGUUUUUCUGAAUGUCACAAAAACUCA